GUGUUUAAUUUUGAUGUAAAUAUAAUCCCAGAGUACUCUAAUGUAUUUGUCAAAGUAUAAUAGUUAUCAGUUGUCCACGGUCAUGAGAUGAAGACGGUUGUCUUUCGCAGCACUAUAGAAAUGUCAAUCAAUUUUAAUCUUUAAAUCAACACCAUUAUCAUAAAAACAAUCGAAUAAUAAUGUAUCGUUUGGUAAGCACUUUUUAUAUGGUAGGAAGUUUAUUAGUACAAUCACCUCUUGACACCGAAGAUACUCUAAAACAUGUCAGUGUGGUGUUUCGUCAUGGCGAUCGUACUCCAAUUUUGCCACUUGAGACCUAUCCAAAUGAUCCUUAUAAAAAUCAUACAUUCAGUGAUGUACCCUUUUCUAUAUUAACUGAGAGUGGAAAACAAAGAGCUUACAAAUUGGGAGAAUAUCUCAAAACCACCUACAGUAAAUUUUUGAAGAAUAAAUUUACACCAUACACAAUUGAAAGUCGGAGUACAAAUGUUAAUCGAACAAAAGAAACUCUUAAUUUUGUACUAAAGGCUUUAAAUUCUGAUAUUACGUUUCCAAAUAUAAUUGCUAAGCCUGCAGACAACGAUUCUCUUCUAAUACCUUGUGAACAAUAUCUUGUAGAUUACUUGAAAGUGGUGAGUAGUUAUAAUGUGAAGUCCGAUUUGCAAUUACAAAGACUUAUGACUGUUUUAACAAAAUUCACUGGCAAAAAUAUUACUAAAAUCAGUGAUUUACAUGCUUUAUAUACAACAUUCGAAACUGAAAAAUACCUUAAUCUCACAUUACCAUCAUGGACUGAGACCUUAUAUCCCGAAGGUCCUUUCGUAAAGAACGUAGCAAGGGCAUAUCACUUGUUUAACUACAAUGACAAUAUGAAGAAACAAAACGGAGGAAUGCUGAUUAAAAAAUUUAUAAAUGACAUAUUAGCUGUAAAAAAUGGAGAAAUGGGAAAUAAAUUAUUCCUCUACAGCGCACACGAUAUUACUGUUGCUGCCGUUUUAAAAGCUCUUGGAGUUUACUUUCCUCAUGUACCAAAAUAUUCAAGUGCAACUAUUCUAGAAUUGCAUCAAAUUAAAGAAGAUUAUUUUAUAAAGAUUGUCUACUAUUUAGGUGUACCAGAAGAGACAAUGGAUUUAACAAUUCCAAACUGUAAAACUAUGUGUCCUUUAGAAGAUUUCAUUCGUUUAGUAAAAAACAUUCUACCUACAGAAUUAACUCACUUUUGUUCUCCGUUAGAAUUGAAAAAAGAAGAUAUGAUUUAUAAACCGAUACUUUUGAAAUUCAAGCAAUUGUUUGCAUUAACGCUUACAUAAGAGACUGCUGCAUUCUUAUAUCUGUAAAAUUUCUCAGCAAAUACUAAAUUGAACAAAGAACCAAAAAGAAUCAUAACUCGAAUUUGAAUUUCGCGCAAUUUUAACGUAACUUUCCACCAGAUGUCAAGUAAACUCUCUCGCAAGCGAUAAACGUCUGGAUUGAGUAUAAAUAUUACCGACUAGUCGAGAAUGAGUUCAAUUUCCGUUCUUUUUUUCAUUCGCUAACAAUUUUUGUAAUUUACAACUCUACUUGACAAGAAAACUAAAUCGAAAUUCAGUGUUUAAAUAAGCACAAAGAAAAUCCGUAUCUUUAUCUCAGAUUCAUGUACAUACGUUUUAUUAUAUCAUUAUUUAUUUUAUAAAAUGAUAUGCUGUAAAUAUUAAUAAAUAUUUUGUAAAGUAA